AUGCCGCCCUCAUUAUCAUGGGCACCGCGGUGCGCCGCCCUCGCAUCACGAACAACCUGCACACUAUCACACAGCCAAGCAGCACCAACCACGCCUUCCCUCACCAGCAUCAGCAGCCGCCGCCUCCUCUCGACGACCUCCCCCCUCCUCCGCACAGGCUACUACGCACAGGGCCAUCCCCGCGACGAUCCGUCGGUGCCGAUUCCCAAGCCAUCACAGAAGACGCCGCAGAUCCCCGUGUACCCGUUCGGCGAGCGGCAGUUCUACAAGCAGUCCAACGGCGGGCUGUACGGCGACGCGCGGAUCCGCUUCGGCAACAACGUCAGCCGCAAGAACGAGAUCAAGACGCGCCGCAAGUGGCGGCCCAACGUCCAGCGCAAGCGUCUGUGGAGCGCCGCCCUCGGCUGCUUCGUCCAGACGAGAGUGACCACGCGCGUGCUGCGCACCAUCGACAAGGUCGGCGGCCUCGACGAGUAUCUGCUGGGCGACAAGACGGCGCGCAUCCGCGAGCUGGGGCCCUGGGGCUGGAAGCUGAGGUGGAGGGUCAUGCAGACGUCGAGUGUGAGGGAGAGGUACGCAGCACAGCGGGCGGCGCUCGGUUUGCCGCCAUUGGAGGAGGGAUCUGGUGAAAUACCCGUGGAGCUCGUGGGUGAGGGAGUGACGAGAGAAAGUUUAAUGGAGGAGACGCAGGCUAUGCUGGACGGAGAGAGUGACUUUGCUAUCGGCGAGGAAGCAGAAGCUGCGCCAGAAGCUUUCAUGAAAGAGGAGCCGAGGCCGCGAAACUAG